AAAGGAAGAUACUUAUCUUAAACAGACAAUUCGGAUGUUUGGAACAAAUUUGUAGCAGCUGCAGUAAUUAACACUCUGUGAAAUGGAUGAAAAGUCCGAAAAUAACAUCGACAGAUGUCAGCGGAAAAGUAAACAAAGUUUUGGAUUAGAUUUAAACGAGCAUGGGGAUGUAUGAUAAGUGUUUGAUCGUUCUUGUUAAUUAGAUCAACACUCAUGUGUACAAUUCUGUGCUUCGUUACAUGCAACAUAAAAGAAAAUACACUGACCAGAAGACAAUAAAUGGAACACCAGAGCGUUACGUAUUUACUGAAAUAAACGACAUGGAUGAACAGCCUUCAGUUCUUCACAUUUGGGGCUCGGAUUCGUCAUUAAUAAGAUUUGGACAUGUUUCGCUAGAACUAAUGUCUAACAAAUGCUACAUAAGCUUUUGGCCUAGAAAAGGUACAAAAUGUUGGGAUAUUUUGAACAAGAGAUGUCCCGCUGAAUGGUAUCAGUCUGUCAAGGAGGAGAUUAAAGUUAAUGGACAUCCAACUUCAGUGUUUAUCUAUGGACUAGAUGUUACAGCAAUCAAAUCAUGGUGGAAUAAAUUCAUUUCUUACGAACCAAAAUAUGAUAUACGAGAACAGAACUGCGCUUCAGUUGUGUAUAACGCACUUUGUGCAGGAUCAAGCUGGUUUGAAAAGAAUACAGGAGAAUGUGUUGGAAUCAAAACUCCAACACGUGUACUCCACUACGUACAGAAUGGUUACAAUAAACGAACAAAAAUAGGAUGUGCAAGGUCAUGUACACACUGUCUGUCGUUAUACCCUUAUCUAGUUUUCGGUCUCUUUUCUAAUAACGUUGACAAAUAUGUGGUAUUGGCUCAGAAAUAUCUCAAGUUCAGACAUACAGCAGAACAAGGCAAAACUGUUAAGAAUUGUAAACUUGAAGAUACUUCAUCAAAUAUUAUGGAAAGUGAUGAAUCAAUCAAAGAUGCUACGUUAUGUCAAGAUUUGCAUGAAAAGAAAGAAAACCUCCAACCAAGUGUACAACAAGACAAUUUAGAAGAUUUUAUUGACUUACGGACGAAAGGUAGAAGAAUAAGUUUGCCGGACAUAAAGCAUUUCUGUCAACCAGAUAGGGAUACCUACGGUGAAGCAAUACUCGUUCCUUCAUAUGGUGAAAAUGGCGUAAGAUAUAGAACAUGAAUAAGGGAAUGUGUAUAAAACAAUAAUUUUCACAGAGAUAUUUAGGCAAAAUCACUCGCAAGAAGACAAGACAUCCUUACUUCACAAGUAUAUAAUGUCUAUAGAAACUAUAUACAAAGAAGGAGACAAUCGUUAUCAGUUUAUGCUGGUAUAAAUACAAGAAGCUAUCCAUGCAUACACUGACCUGUUGAACGCAUACACAGUGACUAAACUCUCCAAAAAUUGUAUCACAAUGCUGAGCAAUCCAAAGGAUAUACGAAGGAGAAAGAACAGAAAGACGUAUAGCUGUCAGGACUUUUCGAAAAUCGGCACGCUAUUGGAGUGCAUUCUGUGAUCGACCUGAAUACAUGAAUAAACCAAAUGAUCAACGAUGCUGCUAAAGUGAAUAUAUUGACGUAACAAAAGUGCAUCAACAAUUUUUGGAUUGUGGAUUGUUGUGUUGAAUUGUUUUCGUGCGACUUGUGCCACAGUAUGAAAGGACAGCGAAAGAGAUUGUAGGUGUAGAAAUGUUUAAUGGAGAAGCAGACAUGUUUUCAUGCGUUAACGUUUUAGGGAGGAGAAACACAAUUAAUUUUAUGUAACAGAUCAGUGAUGCAUUUUUGUAAAACAGAAUGCACACUGUAUAACCAUUUGUGAAUUGUUUUUAUGAAGUUGAAUUGUUGCCUGAUUACAUUUUGUGAAAAUUGUACUUUAUCAAGGUUGUUUCAACAGUGUAGUGAAUGUACAUUAAUUUUAUCAUGCUAUAAUCAUAUGAUUUCAACACAUUGAUCAAAUUGUAUCAAGUUAUACUGAAAUACAUCUAUGCAAUAUUACGCUAUUUGCUUUGUAUUUUGAUUUCUGAUUAACCAGGAAAUUUUGUGGUAAUGUAAAUUUUAAGAAAAUAUGUAUAAUGUUUCAAUUAGUGUCCAUCUUAAUUGAUAUUUGCAUACAUUUAAGAAGCGUUUGUAUUUUGGGAACAAGCAUUUGGUCUGAAAAAAAUGUACCGGUUUAUCA